AUGGCGCUAUCACAGACGCGAAAGAUGCAGCCGUCUCGUCUCCUCUCUUCCUUCUGUUCAUUAUUUUUAUUUGUAAAUGGAGUAUAUUCGUCGACGCUUCGUCUUCACCCGGAGCGGCGCUUCAUGCUCCCGCAGAACAGCGGCUUUUAUAUCGUAGACGCAGAUGAGGAUUUACGGCACUGGGAUGGAGGAGCCGCCGCGGCUCCGGCCGCUCCGAGUGCGGCUGAGGGCGGCUCGCACUCCGGCGGCGACUGGCUGCAUCGAAGCCGGAGAAGUCCGAAAGAAUCGGCCGUGCCGAAGGUGUACGGGCAGGCCAGCCUGAAUGACUCUCACAACCAGAUGGUGGUCCACUGGGCUGGAGAGAAGAGCAACGUCAUCGUCGCUUUGGCCAGAGACAGCGCGGGAGCCACUGGACUGAAAACCAGCGCUGUUUAUGUGUCCUAUGACUAUGGAGCCACAUUUGUCCUUGUCUCAGAUAAGUUCCACUUUGGAGGGACCAAGGCCAAGGAUAAUGGCAAGCAGUUCAUUUCCCAGUUCUUCCACAGCCCUGCAGACAACAAGAGGUACUUGUUUGUGGACUCCACCAACAACUACCUGUGGAACACAUUUGACUUCUGUAAAACAGUCCAAGGAUUCUCUGUCCCUUUCAAACCAAUGGAACUUCUUCUUCACGGCAGCAGACCCAGUCUGGUACUCGGCUAUGACAGCUCGCACCCAAACAAACAGCUGUGGAAAUCGGACGACUUUGGAGAGACAUGGGUGUUGAUCCAAGAGCAUGUGAAGACCUACUUUUGGGGCGUGGAGCCUUACGACCCGCCCACCACAGUGUUGGUCCAGAGACACGAGCCUCAGGGUGUCUCCACCGUGAUCAGCAGCACCGAUUUCUUCCAGAGCGAGCGGAACCGCAGGGUGAUCAAGGACCACGUCGACAGCUUUCAGCUCAGAGACAAGUACAUGUUCGCCACCACCACACAGAAAUUAUUGGGCAGCCAUGAGCCAUUGUCUGUUCAGCUCUGGGUCUCCUACAACCGCCAGACGAUGAAAGCAGCUCAGUUUAUGACCCGCCAUCCAAUCACAGAGUACUACAUCGCGGAUGCAUCUGAGGAUCAAGUGUUUGUUUGUGUGAACCAUGUGAACAACCUCACCCACCUCUAUAUCUCAGACACACAGGGCUUAGCCUUCUCGUUGUCACUGGAGAACGUCCUGUAUUACAGUCCCGAAGGAUCAGGAAGCAAAACGCUCAUCAGGUUCUUUGCCAAUGAGCCUUUUGCAGAUCUGCACCGUGUGGACGGGCUACGAGGCGUCUAUAUUGCCACACUCAUCAACGGCUCGGUCAGCGAGGACAACAUGAGAUCUGUCAUCACUUUUGACAAGGGAGGGACAUGGGAGCUGCUUCAGCCUCCCGCUGCUGACAGCCUUGGAGGAACUCUGGACUGCGAGCUCAGCAAAGGUUGUUCUCUCCACCUGGCCCAGCGCUGGAGUCAACUCUUCAACAUCCAGCUGAGACGGGUGCCUAUAUUAUCCAAAGACUCUGCACCUGGACUCAUCAUGGCCACAGGAUCGGUUGGUAAGAACUUAGCCAACAAGCCCAGCGUGUAUGUAUCCAGUAGCGCCGGAGCCCGAUGGAGAGAGGCCCUGGCUGGACCUCAUUUCUACUCGUGGGGCGACCACGGUGGCAUCCUGAUGGCAAUCGCACAAGGAGGCACCACCACCCACCUGAAGUUCAGCACCAACGAAGGGGAGACGUGGACAGAUUUUAAAUUCAGCGAGAAGGACGUGUAUGUGUACCAGCUGCUGACGGAGCCAGGCGAGAAAAGCACCAUCUUCACCAUUUUUGGCUCCUAUGCCGAUCAGAAGCACAGCUGGCUCAUCCUGCAGGUCAACGCCUCCGACGUCCUCGGCGUGCCGUGUUCAGAAGCAGACUACAAGCACUGGUCUCCGUCCGACGAGCACGGUAACGAGUGUCUGUUGGGCCGGGAGAUAACGUUUAAGAGACGAGCGCCUCACGCCACGUGUUUUAAUGGCGAGGACUUUAACCGACCCGUCACCAUUUCUAACUGCUCCUGCACACGACAGGACUAUGAAUGUGACUACGGCUUCAAGCUGAGUGAAGACUUGUCCCUGCCGGUGUGCGUUCCUGACCCUGAGUUCUCAGGCGACCUCUACGCCCCUCCGGUGCCAUGUCCUGUAGGAACAAUCUACCGCCGCAGCAAAGGCUACAGGAAGGUGGCAGGAGACAGCUGCAGCGGAGGAGACGUGGAGUCCAGACUGGACGGAGAGAUGCUGCCGUGUCCCGUCGGAGAGAGUAACGAGUUCAUCCUGUACGCCGUCAGGAAUUCCAUCCAUCGCUACGACCUGGCCACUGGCAUGGACCAGGUUCUGCCUCUGUCAGGUCUCAGGGAGGCGGUGGCUCUGGACUUUGACUAUGACAGGAACUGUCUGUACUGGGCUGACAUUUCUCUGGACACCAUACAGCGACUGUGUCUGAACGGCAGCACCGGUCAGGAGAUCAUCGUGAGGAAAGAUCUGCAGAACGUGGAGGCCCUGACCUUUGACCCCAUCAGCAGGCUGCUUUACUGGGUUGAUGCAGGAGCGCGGAAGAUUGAGGUUUCUAACGCUGAUGGUGACCUACGUCACACUUUGCUCAACUCGUCCAUCCUGGAACAUCCCCGAGCGCUUGUCCUGCUGCCAGGAGAGAGUCUGAUGUUCUGGACAGAUUGGGGUGACCGAGCCGCUGGUAUUUACCGGAGCUACAUGGACGCAUCCAACGUCUCCUGCAUCGUGUCACAGGGCGUUCGCUGGCCCAAUGGAAUCACAGCUGACGACCACUGGCUGUACUGGACUGAAGCCUACAGCGACCGCAUCGAGAGGGCCGACUUCACUGGGGGGCAGCGCCGGGUUCUGUUGGAGGGGCUGCCCCACCCUUAUGCCAUCGCUGUCUUUAAGAAUGAUUUGUACUGGGAUGACUGGUCCAGAAUGGGGAUCUACAAAGCUCCAAAAUCCGGUUCCCACAACAGUGAGCUGCUUGUUGGCAGACUGACUGGAGUCAUGGACCUGAAGAUCUUCUAUAAGGGGAAAAACAGAGGUCACAAUGCGUGUGCAGAUCAGCCGUGCAGCCUGAUGUGUCUUCCUCUGCCCGGACACCGGCACACCUGCAUUUGUCCAGACGGCGUUCCGACGAUAACCCUGCCCAGCGGACAGUCGCAGUGUCAGUGUCCCGUCGGCUACCAGCUGAAUAACAAUACCUGCGUGAAGACAGAGCACAGCUGUUUGGCCAACCAGUACCGCUGCACCAACGGCCGCUGCAUCAGCAACAUCUGGAAGUGUGACAGCGACAACGACUGCGGCGAUAUGAGUGACGAACAGGAGUGUCCCACCACCACCUGUGACGCCACCAACCAGUUUCGCUGCGUGGUGUCGGGCUCGUGCAUCCCGCUGGCCUUCAAAUGUGACCACGAUGAUGACUGCGGGGACAACAGCGAUGAGGAGCACUGUGAAUCACACCAGUGUCGCCCAGGAGAGUUUAUGUGUGCUCGAGGUGUUUGUAUCCGUGAAGCGUGGCGCUGUGACGGCGAUAAUGACUGCAGAGACUGGUCGGAUGAGGCCAACUGCACAGUUGGCCAACAUACAUGUGAGGCUAAUAGCUUCCAGUGUCGCACUGGUCACUGUAUACCACAGAGGUGGCUGUGUGACGGUGAUGAUGACUGUCAGGACAACUCAGAUGAGGACCCCCAACACUGUGAUGGAACUCAGUGUAAAGGUUUCCGCUGUGGCAAUGGUACCUGUCUGCCAGCCACCGCCCACUGCAACGGCACCAAGGAGUGUCCAGAUGGCGCUGAUGAGAACAACUGUGACCCCCUGUGUACCCGCUACAUGGAGUUUGUGUGUAAGAACCGAGCCCAGUGUCUGUUUCAGUCCCUGGUUUGUGAUGGGAUCAAACACUGUGAGGACGGAUCUGAUGAGGACCCAGGAUAUGCUGGAUGUGCCACACCGACCGAGUUUGGAAAAGUGUGUGAUGCGUACAGCUUCCAGUGUGGCAACGGAAUGUGCAUCAGCCUGGGGUGGAAGUGUGAUGGCAUGGAUGACUGCGGGGAUUACACCGACGAAGCCAACUGUGCGGCUCCUACUGAGGUUCCAGGCUGUUCCAGGUAUUUCCAGUUUGAGUGUCGGAACGGACGCUGUAUUCCCACAUGGUGGAAGUGUGACAGCGAGAAUGACUGUGGCGACUGGUCCGAUGAGCUUCAGUGUCAAGGGGGUCUUGUUCCUCACCCGGUGACCCCUGGACCCUCCACCUGUGCCCCAAACCGUUUCCAAUGUGGCUCUGGAGCAUGUAUCAUCAACAGCUGGGUGUGUGACGGCUAUGCCGACUGUCGGGACGGCAGUGACGAACUGGGAUGUCCCAGUGUGGCUAAUGUGACAGCAACCCCGGUAGUCACCAAAGCUCCACCUCCUGUCCCUGGCCGCUGUAGUCAGGGUCAGUUUUUGUGUCGCCGACCCCCGCGUUGCAUCCCUGACUGGCAGCAUUGUGACGGUCACUCUCACUGCCAGGACGGCUCGGAUGAAGACCAUUGCCCCACUCGUGGGCCGUUGUUCUGCCCAAACGGGACACGCUGUGAUGACGGCGAAGCCUGCGUGCUAGACAGUGAGCGCUGUGACGGCUUCCUGGAUUGCUCUGACCACAGCGACGAGGACGGAUGCACCCUGGACACUCAGGCUUAUAAAGUCCAGAACCUCCGGUGGAACCCAGACUUCUCUGGUGCCAUCACCCUGACCUGGUCCCGCCCCAAAAACCUUCCUCUGCAGUCCUGCUACUUCAUCAUCUACUACAGGCUGGUGGGUUCCCAGCAGUGGAUGGUCAUGGACACGCACAGCAACAAGACCAGCUACAAACUGACGCUGCUGAAACCCGACUCCACGUAUCACAUCAAGGUGCUGACGCAGUGCCUCAGCCGGCUGCACAAAACCAACGAGCUCAUCACUGUGCGGACGCCAGAGGGCCUGCCUGAGCGUCCCGGGAACCUGCAGCUGUCAUGUGAUCACGGUGAAGACGGGACGGUGCAGGUUUCCUGGUCCCCUCCUGACAAAGGACACGGCCUGAUCAGAGAAUACAUUGUUGAAUACCGUGAGCAAGACUUCGCUGAGUGGACGUCGCAGAGAAGCACCACGACCAGCACGGAGGUGAAGCAGCUGCAGCCGGACACUCUGUACAUGUUCCGGGUGGCAGCAGUGACCAGUCGAGGUGUUGGGAACUGGACUGAGGUGAAAACCAUCACCCCGAAGAAAGCUCUGCCGCUUCCGUCUGUGACCAUCGACAGCAUCACCAAGGACUCCAUGAGCCUCUCAUUCAGCUUCAAUUCCAAUUAUGAGGUGAAGCAGUACAUUGUUGUCCUGUCAUGGCAAUUUGACACCCACGUCAAGGAGAACCAGAACUACAAUGUCACCGAGAAGAUCUUCAAAGUUACAAACCUGACAGCUGGGACACUUUAUGAGGUGGGUUGGGCUCACACCAAUAUUGGAGACAGUCCCACCGCCCUGUCCCACCACCAGACCUCUGGUACCCAGCCGGACCGACCCGCACUUAAAGCCCGAGCCCUCAACCAGACCGCUGUCGAGUGCAGCUGGAACGUCAGCCAGUCUGCACAGGUCUAUGGUGUGUUUUAUGCCACCUCCUUCCUGGAGCUGUACCACAGUCCUCGCCUCGUCAGCACCUCCUCGCUCAGCCUGACCGUCACAGUGGACAGCGAUGAACAGUUUCUCUUCCUGGUUCGUGCCAUCAGACCGUACCAGGGUCCUCCCUCCGAUUACGCUGUGGUGAAAAUGAUCCCCAACGAGCGCCUGCCACCCAGGAACCUCCAUCGCGUGCGAGUGGACAAGACGCAGGCCGUGUUGAAAUGGCAGCCGCCCUACGACGCCCCCGAGUCCCCUCUGACAUACGCCAUCCAUGUCCGGGACACGAUCCGCAAGUCUGAGCAUGACUACAAGCUGACCACCCAGAACAACACGGUGGAGUACCUGCUGAGAGGACUCGAGCCCGGAGGACGAUACAGCGUCUCUGUGCGCCUGCGCAACAUGAGCAAAGAGGCCACCUUCACGCUGAGCACCGUUCCGAUUCCAGCUCCUGAGGCCCUGAAGAUUUUAACAGAGAAAGAUCAUGUGUUCCUGUUCUGGAAGAGUCUGGCCGUCCGAGAAAAAGGCUUCAACGAGAGUCGAGGGUAUGAUGUGCACGUGUAUGACAGCGUGACCAACCAGACCUCCUACCUGGGAAACACCACAGAGACCUACUUCCGCAUCAGCAGCCUGCUGGCGGGACACAACUACACCUUCUCAGUGCAGGCAUGCUGCCUGCUGAAUGGUCAGCUGUGUGGAGAGGCUGCACUGCUGCUCUACAACCAGCAGGGUGCAGGGUCCAGUGAUCCGUCCCGUGGUGAUGGUGAGUCGAAGGACAUGGCGGCUGUGGUAGUUCCAGUCCUCUUCCUGCUGCUGCUUGCACUGUGUGGCGGGUUGGUGGCUUAUCUCCGGCAUCGCCGCCUCCAGAACAAUUUCACCGCUUUCGCCAACUCCCAUUACAACUCCAGGCUGGGCUCCGCCAUCUCGUCUGGGGAUGAACUGGGUGAUGAUGAUGAAGACGCCCCCAUGAUCAGUGGCUUCUCCGAUGACGUCCCCAUGGUCAUCGCGUAGCAAGACAUCCAUCCUGUUCUACCCUCAAUCUCUCUUAACCCUGGAAAUCCCCAUCAUUGGUGCCACCCGAUGGAGGGAGCACUAAAAGAGGUGACACCCCACCGAAAAAGUCACUAUCACCCAAAUCAGUUGUGACAAACCGUGUGGCCAGCAGAAAACAUGAAGAAAAGUGUAAAGAGAAAGAGAUAUUUUUAAAUAUACAAUGCACUUUUUUGGAUGCGCAAUAACUUAUUUUUUAUAUUGUUAAAUCUAUAUGUGUGUGUGGGAGUGUACAUGGGGUCGUAACGGACUGUGAGGAACUGAAGAAUACUGUGAAAGGUUUGAGUUUGUUGAGCGACGACCCUAUUUGUAAUACAAACUCACUGUCCACAGGAGCGGUUUACUGCUGAAAGCCAAAA